AUGGCUCCAGGGGAGAGCCAAGAAGGGUUUUUCUGGGAUACUCAUCCGUGGGUUAUGUCUGCUGAAAGUGGUAGUGAAGAAAAAUCUGCAGGUGUUAAGAAUCAGUUGGUCGACUCAAGCAUAGAUAAUAAUAAAAGUCAGAUGAAGCAGCGUGAGAUGGGAUCCACAGGUGGUUCAAAUGGUGGUGCUCAAGAAACUAUAGCAACAGUCAUCGGUGAUGGUGGCCUGAAAAAUGGUGAUGCUUUUAAGACUGAAGAUGUGGAUGACAAGAAGGUAAACAACCAAGGUAAUAAGCGAAAAGGAGGUGUGGAUCCAACUGAGCAUGAGUUACAUAUAUGGACUGAAAGAGAAAGGAGAAAGAAGAUGAGGAACAUGUUUCAUCAACUUCAUGCCUUGCUACCUCAGCUCUCUCCUAAGGCAGACAAGUCUACAAUCGUUGAUGAGGCUGUAAACCACAUAAAAACCCUCCAACAAACCCUCCAAAAGCUUCAAAGAAAGAAGAGAGAGAGGUUCCAUGGUUUAUCAACAAACACCACCAUUAACGCUUCCAUAAUUCAACCACAAGGACUUAUCCUCAACACAAGGGAAUCCUUUUUAGCUGAUCAAGUUUCCCCAAAUAACCACUUUGGAAUGGUGUCUCCAGCUCCAAGCUCCACCUCAUUUUCUUUCCCAAUUCGUUCACCAACAGUCUUCCAAACAUGGACUUCUUCUAAUGUCACUUUAAAUGUGUGUGGUCUCGAUGCACAUUUUAGCAUUUGCUCACCCCGAAAGCGUGGCUUAGUUACCACAAUUUGCUUUGUACUAGAGAAGCAUAAGCUGGACAUAGUUUCUGCACAUAUUUCUUCGGAUCAAAAGAAAAUCUUUUUUAUGAUUCAUGCCCAUGCAAACACUCACAAUCAAUUUGUGGAGUCAUUUCCUUAUGAUGAGGUUUACAAGCAGGCUGCAGCAGAGAUAAUGCUUUGGGUUACCUCUAAAUCGUCAUAA